UCUGUGGAACAAUCAGUAGUGUACACAUGUAAUUUGAAGAUUAGCCCACAAGAUUCCUUCAGGUAUAAUCCAGCCCAAAAUAUUAACAGCCCAGCUUCAUUUCUGUUUGAUUUGAUUGCCCUGAGGGCGGAGCCUGAGAAUGGAGUAGAAACUGAAAAUCAGAAGAAUAUAUUGCAAGUUGAAGUGAUCUUGUCGACCAUUGAUGCAAGUUGCUCCUUAGUCGACCAUUGAUGCUGGGCUAGUGUGAUUAGAUAAGAUCUAUUCUGCUGGAGUGAUCGUUGACCAUUGAAUGUACAUGUCUGCCGGAGGGGCCGGCCAGCGGCAAUCUAGGGCGGCAUCCUGGAUACUGUUGUCGUGUUAACUUCCUUCUCGUUAAGAAUAUUUCACUUUUCUUUUAAAGUGCUAAAAGGAGUUGAUAGUCUUGUUCACAGUAAUGGCGAAGCGUGGAGCCAAAUUGAAGGCCUUAGUUGGACUUCAAAACUGCCGGGUGCCUGUUGUGGUUACGUGUCUGGUUGUGAUACUUGUAUUGUUAAUAUUGUUGUUCUGCAACAAUGGGAAAAGCCCUGAUUCUUCUUUUGGAUAUCCGAUAAAAAAGUGGAAUUCUUUCGAGUCAGUGCAAUUUAACCCAACAAUAGAGCUGAGGAAUGGAACAGAUGUGAUAUGGCAAAUACCCAGUUUGCCAAAAGCAGUUCUCUUUGUGGCUCAUGGAUGCGAUGGCAGAGCUGCUAACUUUUGGGACAGGUCUUCAAGCUGCCCUAAUUGCAUUGGUUUGCCUGAGGAAAGGCUGCUUGUUCUUCAUGCUCUUGCUCGUAAAUUUGCCGUGAUCACAAUUUCAAGCGCAGGGAGAUGCUGGACAUUUGGGGAGGAAAGAUUAAUUGUUAAGAAUAUAAUACAAUGGUGGGCUCAAACACAUAAUCUUGAAUCACUUCCUCUUGUAGCCUUGGGGGCCUCUUCUGGUGGAUACUUCGUCUCUGCAGUCGCCACCAAUUUGAGGUUCAGUAGCAUAACACUUAUGAUUGCUGAAGGGAAGUUUGACCAAAUGGAUAUCACAGUGAACUACCCACCCACGCUUUUUGUUCACAUGCCUAAAGACUCGUAUAGGCAGCAAAAGAUAAGUGAGUUUAUAGAAGUUCUGAAGAACAAGGGCAUUGAUGCGGCAGAGGUUGAAUGCAUGGAGUUUCCUUUGUCACCAAGUUUCUUAGCUGAUAGAAUCCCAGGAAUGAAUCAAACUGUUUCUGCUAAGUUGUUUGAGCUAUUUCAGGUCAAGAGUUUUGUUGAUGGGAACGGAUAUAUGAAGAAAGAUGGGCGAGCAACGCGAUGGAAAGAAGCUCUCCGUGAAUGCAAGAACCUUGUGCUGGAUAAGAGUAUGGUCCAACACGUGCAGGAGGAACUCAAUCUUGCAUUUGCUUACCAUGAAAUGACUAGCCUGCAGUCUGAGCAAAUAUUUAAAUGGUUUGAAUCUCAUUUGAACUAAUCAACACUCUUUCUUGCAA